AUGUCCAAUACAUUAAUUUCCAAUGAGAGCGUACCUAAUUCAAAAGUAGAUGAACAGGAAGAAGAAAUAAAUGCAAAGAUUUUUCCAUUAGCUUCACUAGAAUUGACAAAUCAAAUAUUAGAUGUUGUUCAAAGGGCUACUGUGUAUAGGCAAUUAAAAAGAGGAGCAAAUGAAG